AUGGGCACAUAUGACAUCUACAACUCCGACAUCUACAGCCACCAAUGGACUCAAUUCAAAAGCUUGCCCAACGUAGAAUUUUGGACCCAAAUCACGAGCUUGCCCAAGUUCAAUCCCAGUCGCCAAAAAGACCCGUUCAUCAUGCAUCCUUGCUGGAGAAUUGCCCACCGGAUCCUAUCCGCAUCUAUCUUUGCUCGUCACGAGCCGGGACAAAUCAACACUGUUGAGUUGUAUUUUCUCUAUUGCAUGUCGCGCCACCGUUGGUCUUUGCCCGAUUUCGCCACCUUCUCUUUAGACAAAUGUGAUAGCCUAAGGACGAAGACCACUGGUGACAUUUGUAUUGGAGGUCUCAUUACCCUCAUCGGUUUGGGUAUGGGCCUUCAAUUUCCAGCAUUUGAAUAUGUACCAGUGGAUGAUCCACCUCUUUACAUUCUCGAUUGCAUUACUCUCAUGCGGAUGGAAUUAAUUCUACCUCAUCCUAAUCUUCUUGGGCAUUUCUCUUGGCUAAACCAUGUCAAGGACCCAGUUUACAUCUUACCCAAUCCAAGUCUCUCCAUCUUCACCACCAAUCACCCCGAAACAUGGUUUUUGCCUCAAGACUUGCCAGACGAUGAUGAUGCAGCCGCGAAUGAUGACAUGCACGUGGAUCCUGACAAUGCAGCCAGCUUGCUUCCUUGCGCCUUCAAGGCAAUAGAAACACCGCAGCCAUCCACCGCAUAG